AUGAAGUUCCUCCACUUUGUCGUCUUGGCUUGCACCAGCAUUCCCUUCGCUCUUGCACAAAGCAGUGGAACUGGCCUGCUCGUGUCCACCGCUGAAGGCGAUGUACUUGGAAGCAGUCCUGUAACUGGUGUUCGUCAGUGGUUGGGUAUUCCUUAUGCCUCUGCGAAUCGAUGGGAGGCGCCUACGGCGGCACCCACUCGGAGCUCCACUCUCUCGGCGACUAGCUUUGGAGACAGCUGCCCCCAGUUGAUCAGUCCAACCAUCCACCGCUAUCUCGAGUUUGCUCAUCAAGAUGAGCCCCUCACUGAGUCGGAAGACUGUCUGACGGUCAACAUCUGGGCUCCCAGUAUGCCCCGUCCACAGAAUACCGCGGUUCUCAUCUACAUUCCCGGUGGUGGCUUCCAAUUUGGCACGAGUGCACUCAGCGUGUACAAUGGCCAGAAUAUGGUGAAGGAUAACGACGACAUCAUUGUCGUCACCUUCAAUUACAGACUCAACAUCCUCGGCCAGCCGAACGCGCCUCAACUCGUCAGUCCUACCGAUAGUCAGAACUUUGGUCUCCUAGACCAAAGGGCUGCGAUUCAAUGGGUUUACGACAACAUCGCCGCAUUUGGUGGAGAUCCAUCCCGUAUCAGCAUCGCUGGCCAUAGUGCUGGCGGUACUUCUGCUGGGCUGUAUGCCCUUUCCUACCCCACGGACACCAUCGUGAAGGGUAUCAUCGAACAGUCUGGAAACGUUAUCGGCUCGACAGACCUCGUCUCUCCCACCUUGGACGAUGCUCCAUGGCAUACCGUAGCCGAUGCUGUUGGCUGUGGAAACACUGCUACACCUGCCCAGUUCACCUGUAUGCAAGGCAAGCCAUGGCAAGACCUCGUCAACGCCGCCAACGCUGCCAACAUCAUUUUCUUCAAGAUUGUCACGGAUGAAAUCCUAGUCUUCUCGGACUAUGAAGAUCGACUGGAAGCUGGGAACCUUCUCCAAGUCCCUACAAUGAUCGGAAACGUCAUUCACGAGGCGAAUGCUUUGACUGUUGGGAUGAAUCUUCAGUUCCGCGGAAACUCCCCUCCGUUCCUCACCACAGUUAUCGGCGAGAUUAGCAGCUUUGUCGGUGGUGUCUGCGCCACUUCCAGGGAAGCCGCGCUCCGUUUUGACGCCGGCAUCCCCACCUGGCGCUACAGAUACGAAGCCAUCUUCCAUGAGAUCACCACCCGCUCCGACCUCGGCGCCUUCCAUGGCUCAGACAUCCCCGCCGUCUUUGGUUCCUACGACUUCAUCACCUCCAGCCCCAGCACCAACCUCGUUCAAUUGUCCAACUACUUCCAAGGUGCCUGGGUCGAGUUCGUCAAGAACCCUGCCACUGGCCUGACGACGUACGGAUGGCCCGAGUACGACCCAUCCGACGACACCCUCGUCCGAGUGGGCGAUAGGGAGAACCUCACGGGCGCUUUCCUCUACGACCCACACCUUUUGGACGCUACAUGCUCUGACGUGUCCACUUUGAUGACGUUGAACGCGCAGUUCAACACCUUGCUGGCAGCCAUUUAA